ACCUCUCUGUACUCUUUCUUCCACCUAUACAUUCCCACCCACCACCCACCAAGCUUCAUAAUACGUCGCCGGAAAAUCUGAUAAUUUCUCUUGCCGCCAUUGAAGCAAGAACACCACUUAUUCUACUUUGUUUUUGUUAGCACUUGAUAAAUUCUACCAUGCAAUCUUCAAGCGGUUCGAUGAAGGUCUCGCCGUUCGAUCUCAUGUCGGCGAUUAUCAAAGGGAAAAUGGACCCUUCCAAUGUAUCGUCAGAAUCAGGUGCUGAGGUGGCAACCUUGUUCCUUGAGAACCGGGAGUUUAUUAUGAUUUUAACGACGUCUAUCGCGGUUUUGAUUGGGUGUGUUGUGGUGUUGGUGUGGAGAAGAUCCUGCGGUCAGAAAUCUAAGUCCUCUGCCUUUGAACCUCCUAAGCCGUUGAUAGUUAAGGAGCUAGAGCCUGAGCCUGAUGACGGCCAUAAAAAGGUUACCAUCCUUUUCGGUACUCAGACUGGUACAGCUGAAGGAUUCGCUAAGGCUUUGGCCGAAGAGGGAAAAGCGCGGUAUGAAAAGGCCACAUUUAAAAUUAUUGAUUUGGAUGAUUAUGCGGCUGAUGAUGAUGAGUACGAAGAGAAACUCAAGAAAGAGUCUUUGGUUUUGUUCUUUGUGGCUACAUAUGGAGAUGGUGAGCCAACAGAUAAUGCUGCGAGGUUCUAUAAAUGGUUUACAGAGGGUAAUGAGAGAGGGGAAUGGCUUCAGAACGUUAAGUUUGGGGUGUUUGGCCUUGGCAACAAGCAAUAUGAACAUUUUAAUAAGAUUGCUAAAGUGUUGGAUGAGACCCUUGAACAGCAGGGUGCAAAGCGUCUUGUUCCUUUGGGUCUUGGAGAUGAUGAUCAAUGCAUAGAAGAUGACUUCACUGCUUGGAGAGAAUCAGUGUGGCCUGAGUUGGAUCAGCUGCUCCGGGAUGAGCAUGAUGCAACAGCUGUUUCUACUCCCUAUACAGCUGCUGUGUUGGAAUAUCGGGUUGCAUUUUAUGAUCCUGAAAAUGCACCUUUAGAGGAUAAGAACUGGAGUAAUGCAAAUGGACAUGCUAUCCAUGAUGCUCAACAUCCAUGCAGGUCUAAUGUUGCUGUGAGAAAAGAGCUUCAUACACCUGCAUCUGAUCGUUCUUGCACCCAUUUGGAGUUUGACAUAGCUAGCACUGGACUCACAUAUGAAACUGGUGAUCAUGUCGGCGUAUACUGUGAAAAUCUUGAUGAAGUUGUGGAGGAGGCACUGCAAUUGUUGAAUUUGUCACCAGAUACUUAUUUCUCUAUCCAUUCUGACAAAGAGGACGGCACUCCACUUAGUGGAAGCUCCUUGCUGCCUCCUUUCCCACCAUGCUCCUUACGAACAGCUCUCACUCGAUAUGCUGAUCUUUUGAGUUCACCCAAAAAGUCUGCUUUACUCGCUUUAGCAGCUCAUGCCACUCAUCCAACUGACGCUGAUAGACUAACGCAUCUUGCUUCCCCUGCUGGAAAGGAUGAAUAUGCACAAUGGAUAGUUGCCAAUCAGAAAAGCCUCCUUGAGGUUAUGGCUGAAUUUCAAUCAGCCAGGCCCCCACUUGGUGUCUUCUUUGCUGCAGUCGCUCCUCGCUUGCAGCCUAGAUAUUAUUCUAUCUCAUCAUCCCCAAGGAUGGCACCAUCUAGAAUUCAUGUUACUUGUGCACUGGUUCUUGAGAAAACACCAGGGGGACGGCUACAUAAAGGAGUGUGCUCAACUUGGAUGAAGAAUUCUGUGCCUUUGGAGAAAAGCCAUGAGUGCAGUUGGGCACCCAUUUUUGUCCGGCAAUCAAACUUUAAGCUUCCUAAAGACACCCAAGUACCCAUCAUUAUGAUUGGCCCUGGGACUGGUUUGGCUCCUUUCAGGGGCUUUUUGCAGGAAAGGUUAGCCCUGAAAGAAGCUGGAGCAGAAUUGGGAUCCUCUAUAUUAUUCUUUGGUUGCAGGAACAGUAAGAUGGAUUACAUCUAUAAAGAUGAGCUCAACAACUUUGUUGAAAGUGGUGCACUUUCUGAGUUGAUUGUUGCUUUUUCACGUGAGGGACCUACCAAGCAAUAUGUGCAGCAUAAAAUGUUGGAGAAGGCUUCAGAAAUCUGGAACAUAAUUUCUCAGGGAGGAUAUAUAUAUGUUUGCGGUGAUGCCAAAGGCAUGGCUAGAGAUGUCCACAGAACGCUUCACACCAUUGUGCAAGAGCAGGGAUCUCUCGACAGUUCGAAAGCUGAGAGCAUGGUGAAGAAUCUACAAACGACCGGCAGGUAUCUGCGUGAUGUAUGGUGAUGAAACUUCCAAGACUGAGCCUCAGGGUAAGGCAGAUAAUAUUGAAACAUACCAGCUAUAAUAUACAUAGUGAAGGCUGGUUGGGAUGAAGGAAAUUUAUGAGAUAGCUGCCUUUGAAAAGCACAAGCAAACAAGUUGCAACAAUUCACUUGUGAUUCUUUUUAUGGUUCCUAUAUCAAGGAAUUCUUUUCUUUUAAUGUAAUUUAUGUAUACAAAAGUAUAAUAAUUUUUGAGCAUGCUUACCUUAUCAGUUGUAAUUUUCUUGGAUGAACCAACAAUGGUUCAAAUGAGAGAACUUAUAUGUAAUUUGUUUGAAUGGAUAAUUAUGACUUUCAAGUGAUAUAUAACACUAUAUAAUUAAAUUUUAGUUUAA